CCAGAAUCGAAUCCAACCACUCACAGCAUCUCACAAAGAACAGGGUUAGGGAUUUUGUCUCUGUUACCAAAUUGAUCGUCUCCUUUAAUUGAUCGAGUGAGAAUUAGGGUUUGGGGAUAUGGAGAUGGAUUACGUCACGGAGUUUCCUCUCUCUCAUAUUGAUCGGCGUCCCAGAAAGAGGCCCAGGUUCGCUUGGGACGGCCCCCAAUCCCACCCAAAGGCUCAGUCAGGAAUAUAUUAUGAACAAGAUGUUGGGAAUGGAACGAGCUAUGGACCUCCGAGGGUACACCCAGACCAUCCUAGUCUUUUUGUAAAGGGGUUGACUCAAAAAGGCUCUCCCCCAUGGCGAGAGGACGACAAAGAUGGACAUUACAUGUUUGGUCUUGGAGAGAAUUUGACUUCUCGCUAUAAAAUUCACCGGAAAAUUGGAGAAGGAACUUUUGGUCAGGUUUUGGAAUGCUGGGACAGGGAAACAAAGGAGAUGGUAGCUAUAAAAGUUGUCAGAAGUAUCAAGAAAUAUCGCGAAGCAGCAAUGAUAGAAAUUGAUGUGCUACAGUUGCUUGGAAAGUAUGACAGAAAUGGCAGCCGUUGUGUUCAAAUACGGAACUGGUUUGACUAUCGUAACCAUAUAUGUAUAGUAUUUGAGAUGCUUGGACCAAGCCUAUAUGAUUUCCUCCGGAAAAAUAAUUAUCGCCCAUUUCCUGUUGAUCUUGUCCGCGAGCUUGGCAGGCAACUAUUGGAAUGUGUAGCAUUCAUACAUGAUAUGCGUCUCAUCCAUACCGACUUGAAACCUGAGAAUAUACUGUUUGUUUCUCCAGAAUAUGUUAAAGUACCGGACUACAGGUUUGCAUCCCGGUCCCCAAAAGAUGGAACCUGUUAUAGAAGGUUGCCAAAGUCUAGUGCUAUCAAAGUUAUUGAUUUUGGUAGCACAGCGUAUGAACAUCAAGAGCACAACUAUAUUGUAUCGACAAGGCACUAUCGUGCACCUGAGGUCAUUCUAGGACUUGGAUGGAGUUAUCCAUGUGAUAUUUGGAGUAUUGGCUGCAUCCUGGUAGAGUUGUGUUCGGGAGAAGCUUUGUUUCAGACUCAUGAAAACCUAGAACACCUGGCUAUGAUGGAACGGGUACUAGGUCCAUUGCCGCAGCACAUGUUAAAAAGAGCAGACCGCCAUGCUGAAAAGUAUGUGAGGAGGGGAAGGUUGGACUGGCCUGAAGGUGCAAAUUCUCGGGAAAGUAUUAAAUCGGUAUUAAAGCUACAUCGCCUCCAGAAUAUAGUGAUGCAGCAUGUAGAUCAUUCAGCUGGUGAUCUCAUCGACCUCCUGCAAGGUCUCCUUAGAUUUGAGCCCUCUAAUAGGCUAACAGCUUCUGAAGCCCUAAGGCAUCCCUUCUUUACCAGGGAUCAUUACAGAAGGUUCUAGUGAGGUGUUUGCAAAUACAUUCUUGAAGUGUUACUGAUUUGCUUGGAGUGCUUGACUGAGUUCUGGGUUAUUGAAGAGCCCAAGUGCUUUGCUUUCCUGAAUGUUUUCCUGGCAUGUGCAACAACCAUGAAGAUGGCGGCCAAGACCUGGACUAAUCAAAUAUCUGUACUUCUGUAAAUAGCCUGUUCUCAGAAGCCUCUCCUUCGAUUUUGUACCAUGGAAAUUAAAUGUAACGAGUGGAUGUGAUUUCUGAACAGGCUUUGCGUUCAAAAUAUGUACGUCUCAAUGUUGUAGAAGGAUAAACAAUUAGCUGCUAUAGACAUGGAAAUGAAUAAAAUUGUUGCAUGACAUAUUGAGAUGAAUUCGUUCUCGUUUACCAGGAUGAUGGAACCAAAGUUGUACG